AUGCCUGGAGAAGUAGAAAGCUUCAGUGAAGACCCUCAUCAUUCACUUAUUGGAGAAUCACUUGUCCUGACAAAAAACUACCAGCAUAUCUUGGCCUUGAUAUUUGCUCUGAAGGAGAUCAAUGAAAACCACCAGAUCUUACCCAAUGUUACGAUGGGUUUCAACAUCUAUGACAGCUAUGGUGGAAGAUGGAACUAUCAUGCCACAAUGGAAGUUCUCAGUACUCAGAAAAGAUUUAUCCCCAACUACACCUGUGGCAUUCAUAACAACAUGAGGUCUAUCAUCGGGGGGCUUUACUCUGAAACCUCCCUUGAUGUGGCAAAUACGUUAUUGAUGUACAAAGUUCCACAGAUGGUCCCACAUGAAGCCUACCAAUACAGGGGGAUCGUUCAGCUACUUUUGCACUUCAAAUGGACAUGGGUUGGUAUCCUUAUCAAGGAAAAUGAUGGAGGAAGAUUUGUGAGGUUGAUCUUUUCAACAUUUCAUUUUCAUGGCAUCUGUGUUGCCUUCUUAGAAAGAAUCAAACCAUUUUAUUUCAGUAACCUUUUUGAUGACUUACAUUGGCUGAUAGGAACAUAUUAUGUUUCCAUGAAGAGCAAUGCCAAUGUGGUGAUAGUCUAUGACAGCAAUAUUUUGCAUUUGAGGUUGUUGCUACAUCUGCCCAAAAUGGAGAUGGUGUCUAUGGAGCCUGAAGGUAAAGUAUGGAUCAUUAUAACCCAGAUGGAACCAGCAUCAUUCUUCUAUCAAAAGAGUUGGGAUAUACAAGUCAUCCAUGGUGCUCUUUCCUUUGCAGUUCACGCAAAUGAAGUACCAGGAUUCAGAUAUUUUCUCCAAACUAGAAACCAUUUUUUAACAAAAGAAGAUGGUUUCAUAAGGGACUUCUGGGAGCAGGCAUUUAACUGUGCAUUUCCUAAUCCAUUUGAUAGCGAGAAAGCUGAUGGCACCUGCACUGGGGAGGAGAAGCUGGAGCGUCUUCCUGGGGCUUUUUUUGAAAUGAGCAUGACUGGCCACAGCUACAAUAUAUAUAAUGCAGUCUAUGCAGUAGCUCAUGCUUUACAUGCCAUUCAGCAAGGCCAACUCAACCAGAGAACAAUGGUGAAUGAAGGUAGACUGAAUCUUCAGGAUCAACAGCCAUGGCAGGCAUUACCUCUUUCUCUGUGUACUGAAAGAUGCCAUCCUGGUUAUUUCACGCAAAAGCAGGAAGACAAGCAGAUUUGCUGUUAUGAUUGCCUCUCAUGUCCAAAAGGGAAAAUUUCAAGCCAGUAUGACAUAGAUGACUGUUUUGCAUGUCCAGAAGAUCAAUAUCCAAACAAAGAACAGGAUUCGUGUAUUUCCAAGAUUGCAACCUUCUUAUCCUAUGAAGAACAUCUGGGGAUAAGUUUAGCUACUUUGGCAUUAUCCCUUUCUUUCCUCACAAUUUUGGUGCUUGGGACAUUCUUGAAAAAUCACAACACUCCCAUUGUCAAAGCCAAUAACUGGGACCUCACCUACACUCUCCUCAUCUCCCUCCUGCUCUGCUUCCUUUGCUCAUUGCUCUUCAUUGGUCCACCUGGAAAAAUAAUAUGUCUCCUCCGACAAAUUAGUUUUGGUAUCAUCUUCACAGUGGCUGUGUCUUGUGUGCUUGCAAAAACCAUCAUUGUGGUCCUGGCUUUCAUGGCCACAAAGCCAGGAUCCAAGUUCAGGAAAUGGGUAGGGAAAGGACUAGCCAACUCCAUUGCACUUUCCUGCUCCCUUAUUCAAGCAUGUAUUUGCAUUGUAUGGUUUGCAAUAUUUCCCCCAUUCCCUGAUGCUGACAUGCACUCAGUGGCUGAAGAAAUUGUACUGGGCUGUAAUGAAGGGUCUGCCAAUAUGUUUUACUGUGUCUUGGGCUACAUGGGCUUUCUGGCCAUCACAUGUUUCACAGCGGCUUUCUUUGCCAGAAAGUUGCCUGACAGUUUCAAUGAAGCCAAGUUCAUCACUUUCAGCAUGUUGGUCUUUUGUAGUGUUUGGGUAUCCUUUGUUCCCACCUACUUGAGUUCCAAGGGGAAAUACAUGGUAGUUGUGGAGAUCCUCUCCAUCUUAGCUUCUAGUGCUGGAUUGCUUAGUUGCAUAUUUUUCCCAAAAUGUUACAUCAUUGUGCUAAGACCUGAGUUAAACACCAAGAAAGAGCUAAUUAGAAAUAAAAAAAACAUUGAAUGA